UCUCUAGGAAUUCACCGUGUUUUCUCUAGGAAUUCACCGUGUUUCUCUAGGAAUUCACCGUGUUUCGGUAAAAGUACAUCGUGCUUUGCCGUGCUUCCCGCAAGGAAUUUGCGAGCCUACCUUAAGCUAGGGUCGAACUAAUAUUGUCUAUAAUACAUUUGUAAAUUGAAGGGGUUGUAAUAUAGUAAUGCUCCCGGGAAUAUGUUUAAAGUACAGGCCGAUUUGAAUAACAAAUGAGUUAGGUAAUCUCGGGGAGACAUUUACCGGCAUUCUGUAUAGGUUAGGAUUUUUUUCCCCAACGCACUGUAUACAUGUACAUACAUAACGCCGGCGAAAAUGUAUGCCAAAAUAAACAACUUACAAUUUUUUAAACGUAUCAUUACAUCUUCGUCUAUAACUUAGAUGUAACCCACCAAUUAUUGGCUGCUAUCAAAUCCAAACUUUAAAUUAUAUAUUUGUACGAUGAGAUUUUACACACUACUUCAUAACCCGCAGCUUCAGUUAAACUAAAUCAACGCCCCAUAAAGCACAGCGCCAUAAAUCACUUCCGCAAUGCGUUAGUCACGUGGUCAGAAACGCGCGAAAACCUGAGCUGUUGGGUUCGACACGGGGACUAUAUUCUUAGCAAAUCUUGACUGUCACCGGUAUAUGAUAACAAUGUAUUAUGACGUAUUAAAACAAUUCACCAUGAAGCACAUCAAAGACAAUCAGUUAAAACAACGAUAACUGAGUAGUGAUUAAUUCGUAUUAUCUGUACUCAUCCGUGUUAAUAGCUGCAAUAAUUCUUAAUCACGGCUACAAUUGAUACUCUAUUCGGGGCUUUGAGCAAGUAAAAUUAGGUUUAAUUACAAAAUGAUGACAGUUUGCGUGGAAAUAAGUAAUUAUGUUACAGUUAUUCUGUAUUUUCUAGCAAAACGGAAGACAUCAGUAGUGGACUACUCGAACCAAUAAUAAAGAGUUGUUUUAAUAAAUUGAUAAUUGUGUUUUAAUAUGUAUCUGUUUUCUUUGAAUUAAUAAAGUGUUAUGUAUUACCCGUGGUAUUUUGUCACAAUGAAGCAAAACCAAGAUGUUUUCUUAGGGAGCCAGACUUUGUUUGUAUAUAGAAGAGCUUGAAUCUGAUGAUUACAUUGUAUUAACCACCUGAAUGGGUCAAAUUUAAACAAUGACAUGGCUUCCUGUAGAUUUGUCGAAAGCCUUUGUCUCUUAGCUUGGUGGUUGAGAAGUAUUAUCGUUUGUUUUAUAUAAAAUUAAUUGGAGUAAAUAGAAUCAAAGAACUUUUGCCGAUACCUUGUACGUAUAAAUGGCAGGUUAUAGUCGAAUGGUUUAUUUCGAGAUUAUUCAAUACGACAGGUUAUCAUUAAUUCAAUACGGCAUCAUGUGGAGAAAUCAAACCAAGGAGUACUCGCAUUAUCUGGUUAAGUUUGACGACGGUGGCUUACUGAUUGUUCCCAGAAGUAGGAUAUUAGAAGAGGGUAGGAUUGCGGAGAAUGGGAAGUACAAGGUGCAAUAUAACAAACCCGAAGAUGUGUCUGACGCUGUUAUUAUAAAGACUGGAGACUACUUGACAUUGUCAAGGCUAAAGAGGGAGAUGGGACAAAAGAAGAAAGAUGAGCAUCAAAAGAACCCCAGUACAAUCCCGACACCAAAGCGUACCUUAACGACGAGUCGCUUACCCCAACCGAAAAGAAAGAAAAUGGCAUCAGUUAUCCGUCGAACGACGCUAGAAAGUUUCAGUUCCAAUGACCCACGUGAUCUGUCAAUUUCUAAUGUAUCCUCGAGCUCCUAUUCAACUAGCUCAACACCAGAAUCAGUCUUCCAGGCAUCAUCAAGAAUACCAGUGCCCGUACGUGUAACAGUACCCCGAGAUGUCGAAUCGCCCUCUACGUCUGAAGAACAGUCCCUCCUGCAAGCCCUGCCAGAUUUACAAGAUUGUGAAAUUACAUGUAGGCAGCUUUUUAGGACACCUAAUAGGAACAGGCAGAAAACACUCUCAGCAGUAGAAAGGUACAUGAAGACAAUGAAUAAAAAGCAGCAUGAACUACAACUAGAAGUCAAGGGACUGCGACAAGAAUUAAAGGAUAUGAAUAAUCUUGUUUUGUUGAUACUACAGAGACUCCCCCCUCAUGGCGAGGGACAAGAUCAGCAGAUACCACCAGUACCUAGUCCCCAGCCCGCCACACAGACGCUGCCAACGCCUGAAACUGACACAUCAAAAUUUGGUGAUAUCCCACCGGAAUUUCGUAUUUCUGCUGAAGAUCUGAACGCCAUGCACCUCCAUGCUUUUAAUGCCGGCCAUUUCGCAACUAAAAUAGUACAAAGACUUUUUCCGGAACUGACCGGACCCGACAACUUACGGCAGAAAUAUUCGUAUUUCGGUGGGGGUAGAUGCAAUAAGCUAGAACUCGAUACACGACGGAAAUCAUUCGUCGUAAGAUAUGUUUUACAUCAUUAUCCUCAAGUGCAAGAAAAACAUGCCUGGCAAGAGCGCGUGGUCGUAAAGAUUAACGAAUUUCUAAGACGAAAAUGAAUUUUAUGUGUGUAUAGACAAAAAAAUUUUUAAAUAGAAAAAAACAAACAUUUUAUGUGUGUGUGUAGACAAAAUAUUUUUUAAAAAGAAGAAAAAAAAGGUGUUUGCGAUGGAUUUGAAUACAUUGUUUACCAAGUGUCAAGACUUUAUGUGAGUAAAUACAUGUACUAACUGCAAUAAAAAAUGAAUUCACUUUUAGUGCAUGUAUGAUUAUUAAAUUUUGACUGUAAAAUAUUAUGAUUUGUAUACAUUGUGCAUAUGUAUUACAUGUACAUGUUUAACCUAAUUUCGAUUUUCAAUAAAAAUCAUGUCAAUGGAACCAAAAGAAUAUAUUGUAUGAUUAUUUAAUUUUGACUGUAAAAUAUUAUGAUUUGUAUACGUUGUACAUUUGUAUUACAUGAUUAACUUACUUUCGAUUUUCAAUAAAAAUCAUGACAAUGGAACCAAAAGAAUAAAAUGCUACCCAAAACAUCUCUUUAAUUGUCGGUUAUGGAUUUAUUAUGCAAUAUCGAUGCAGGUUCAAUCACGAAACUUGCGCUUACACCGUCUAGUAUAGCUUUUGAGCUGCUGAUAUGUAUAUGCAGUAGAAAAUCGGGAAGUUGAACGUACGAAGGAAUGGAAUCAUUCAGAAGUGUACUCAAAAUAAGUAAAUUAUAACGGGGUGAUGACGAGAAUUAACACACGUGUGGCCAUUGUAUAAAUAUAUGCCAUGUACGCGUCUGUGUGAAAUGGCUUUAUUUAAUAUCCGCUUCUACCGAAAUGAAAUGAGGGGCACCCAGUAGAUGUAUAUUGUCACAGUACCCCUUCCCACCCAUAUUGUUUUAAUGCGUCAUAAUACAUUGUUAUUAUGUACCGGUGACAGUCAAGAUUUGCUAAGAAUAUAGUCCCCGUGUCGAACCCAACAUCUCAUGUUUUCGCGCGUUUCAGACCACGUGACUAACGGUUAACCACAUUGCGGAAGUGAUUUAUGGCGUUGUGCUUUAUGGAUUUAGUUUAACUAAAGCUGCGAGUAAUGAAGUAGUGUGUAAAAUCUCAUCGUAUAUAAUUCAAAGUUUGGAUUUGGUAGCAGCCAAUAAGAUGAAAUGAUACGUUGUAAGUUAUUCAUUGUUUACAUACGCCGUACACGGUGGCACCACGUUAUACAUGUACAGUGUGUUAGAAAUAAAAAAAUACGACCGUAGCUGCCUCGCCAACGGUUAACAUAUCUUGUAUUCAACUUAAAUAAAUUACAUUUUCCGUCAACAUGCUUACAUCGGGAUGAUAUCGGCACUCAAGCGAUUCACCGUGUUCCACCGCGAAACACUAUAAUUCACCGUGAAACACCCUAUUUCGCGGUGA